ACUGCUUGACUCUGGCAUGCCAAGGGUUAAUCCAAGAUGGCCGGGUUUACGGGUUCAUGCUUUUUGUGUUUUAAAAUGAAGGUGUCACGUAUCGCAUCGUUAUUAUGUAAAAGAACCGAGGUGAGGAGGCAUACAGUAUGUAGAACAUUCACCAGUGGAUCCACCACCCGACAACAACAGUUAUCAACCCCGAGGGGUAGUAUUUGUAGGUAUUCAACUGAAUCUUCAAUCAAUGGUUGUACGGCCCUGUUGUACAGAAACCACGGCGACCCGUCUCAAGUUGUUCAGUUGGAGAGCAUGGAGCUUCCCUCUGUUGGUGCUAAGAGUGUCCUUGUAAAAUUGUUGGCAGCCCCCAUCAACCCUUCUGACAUAAACAUGAUCCAAGGUUCCUAUGCCAUCCUACCUGACCUUCCAGCAGUAGGAGGAAACGAGGGGGUGGCCCAGAUCCUGGAAGUGGGCAGCCAGGUGAAAUCACUCAGACCAGGGGACUGGGUGAUCCCAAGAGAUGCCGGAUUAGGGACGUGGAGGACAGCAGCGGUUUUAGCUGAAGACGAUGUGAUCUCUCUGCCCAAUGACAUCCCCCUGUUCUCUGCAGCCACACUGGGGGUUAACCCCUGCACUGCCWUUAGGAUGCUCUCUGACUUUGAGGAGCUGAAACCAGGUGACACAGUGAUCCAGAAUGCAGCCAACAGUGGUGUGGGCCAGGCUGUCAUACAGAUCGCUGCUGCAAGGGGGAUCCAAACCAUCAACGUGGUCAGAGACAGGCCAGACCUCACACAGCUUAUUGACAGGCUGAAGGCUAUGGGCGCCAGUCAUGUGAUCAAAGAGGAGACCCUGAGGCGGCAUGAAAUGAAGGAACUUUUCGAGACCUGUCCAAGGCCUAAGCUGGCACUGAACGGAGUUGGGGGAAAGAGUGCAACAGAACUCCUCCGUCACUUACAAGUUGGAGGGUCGAUGGUGACGUAUGGAGGGAUGGCCAAGCAGCCAGUCACUGUUCCUGUGAGUGCCCUGAUCUUCAAAAAUGUGAAAGUCAAAGGGUUCUGGGUCACCCAGUGGAAGAGAACCCACUCUCAGGAUGAGGGGGCCUUACGGGGAAUGCUGGAUGAGCUCUGCUCCCUGAUCCGCCAGGGAAAGCUGACCGCACCUGCCUGUUCCGAGGUAGGCCUCCAAGACUUCCGGAAAGCACUGGACACUGCCAUGCAGCCGUUCACCUCAGCCAAACAGGUCCUGGUCGUGUGACCCCUCCUUUGACCAGUCCCAGCCGUUCUCAGGGUCAUGUUCAUUAGGUACCAAAUGGAAGAAAAUGGACAAACAGGAAGGGACUACCUGGACUUGUCCAAUAAGAAACAGUGUUUUGCACUGGGUGUCCAAUUGAAUACGACUCUGCAUACAAAACGAAGUCCCGGCACGUUCAACGGGUGCAUGCCCAAGGCUGCUGCUUCAUCGUUGUCGGAAAUGCGUUACUCAAGCACACGUUCAAUAAAUGUGUGUUUGCCGUA